GCACCGCGCUGAAGUUUGAACAGUUGGGUUUGAGGUAAGGAGGUAACGGUCGUUUUGCAGUUCCUGGGAGAGUCGGCUGUUUGCGAUAUGUCCACCAAGCAAAUUUAUUAUUCAGACAAGUACGACGAUGACCUGUUUGAAUAUCGGCAUGUGAUGCUGCCAAAGGAUAUAGCAAAGAUGGUGCCUAAAACACAUCUAAUGUCUGAAACGGAAUGGCGGAACCUUGGAGUCCAACAAAGCCAGGGUUGGAUACACUACAUGAUCCAUGAGCCAGAGCCUCACAUCUUACUAUUCCGAAGGCCACUACCAAGCAAGAAAUCUUAAAUACUUUAUUCUGUCUGUGUGUAUAUAUUCCCUCAGCUAUUCAUGUUUCCACUGAAAGCACCUUUCUCUUCAUUAUUUUGAUUUCGUUUGUUUACUCUACCUUGAAGAUAUCGCUGUGGCAUGUAAUACUGGUUUCUGUAGUGACCAUGACCUUCAAGAAGUAUCAUCACAGAAGAAAACUUUGUUGGAACAGAUAUUUAUGCUAUAUUAGGAAAGGAAGGAUACCACUGGAAUAGACUUUGUGGAAUUUUUAUUCCUGUGUAUGUUUAGUGAUGGGUAGGACUCCUUCUCGCCUUUUUUUUUUUUCUUUUUUUUUUGUCUAUCUAUGUUGUAUAUAUUUUUAUACUGACUGUGGUUUUUUUUUUUUUUUUU